AUGCCGUUGGAAAUCAAGACUCUUCAUGCUGUUGACGCGGAAAGUUUUGACUACAUUUUCGAAAGAGAUGUAGACAUUCCUUUGCGGACGGCGAAGCCCAAUAUUGCCAAUGAUCCUCUUCUUGUUAGAGCGAACGUCUAUCGACCUAAAGCAGAAGGGAAAUACCCCGUUAUUUGCACAUAUGGACCCUACGGUAAAGACAUCCAUUAUGAAGUUUUCCAUUCCGCGUCCUUCGGAGACGUUAAUCCAAAGCACAAGUCUGCUCACUCGGCCUGGGAGACCCCUGACCCGGGGUUCUGGACUGCCAACGGCUAUGUGGUAGUCAGAGCCGACGAACGUGGUGCGGGCAACAGUCCCGGCAAGCUCGAUUCUAUGAGCCAGGCCACUGGUGACGGAUUCUUUGAUGUCGUGGAGUGGGCCGCGGAACAACCUUGGAGCUCUGGAAAGGUUGGCUUGCUUGGUAUCAGCUACUAUGCUGGAACACAAUGGCGAGUUGCCGCGAGGAAGCCAAAAGGACUGGCGGCGAUCAUUCCAUGGGAAGGAAUGAGCGACUACUACCGUGAUCGCGUGAGACAGGGUGGUAUUCUAUCCAAUCGUUUCAUCAAAUGGUGGUACGAGAGGCAAGUCGGUAGCAACCAGUACGGUCUGGGUGGCCGCACCGAGCGUAACUGGGGUACAGAAAGUCUUGAAGGUGUGCUUAAUGAAGAUGAGUUGAAAGCCAACCGGGCAGACCAGGCUGAAGACACGGCCAAGUGGAAGUUUCGCGAUGAAGACUACUAUCUCAGCAAGGACUUUGAUCUUGCCGAUAUCGAGAUCCCUGUCCUGAGCGCUGCGAAUUGGGGUGGAAUUCACUUACACCUAAGAGGUAAUGUCCUUGGCUACAUGGGCGUAUCGUCCAAGUUCAAGUAUCUUCGCUUCUUAACCGGGCGACACGACAUUCCAUUUUACUACGACGAGGAGGUGGCAGAACAAAAGUCCUUCCUCGAUGCUUUCCUUAAAGGCCAAGACGACCGCGGCUGGAGCGUGCCAGGCAAGGUACCUCCGGUGAGCUUAUGUCUUCGCAAAGGCAAUCCAGGCUACAAUGAUGCUGCGGCUGAACUUCGUGCGUUCCCCAGGCGCGCAGAACUCGAGUGGCCGAUUGCAAGGACCAACAAACAGAAAUACCACCUCAGUGCUGAAAAGACUCUGACGAUAGCGGCUUCUGACAUCGGCCAAGGAACGCUGUCCUACACGGCUCUGAAAGGCAAUAUCGUCUUUAAGACUGCGUCAUUCACAGAGGAGACUGAGAUUACAGGCCACCCAGUGCUGCGAUUGAGCGUCAGCCUUAGAGAGCUAGACGGCUCGACACCCUCGGAGCUAGAUAUCUUUGUCACGCUGCGUCAUUACGACACCAACGGACAAGAAAGUGAGUCUAGACCCAGGCUAAAAUCCAUUGACUUAGUAUUGACCAAAAUCUCAGUUUUUUACACGGGCGCCGUCGGUGAUCCUUGUCCGGUGGUUCGAGGUUGGUUGCGACUAUCGCUCCGUAAAUUGAGCCAAGUUGAGAGCACUUUGAGCAAAAUCAUUCCUGUUCGGGACUACCUCUCUACAGACGUGCAGCCAGUCGAGGUCGGUAAAGUCUACACAGAAGAUAUCGAGCUUUGGCCCACAAAUGUUGUCGUAUUACCAGGAGAGACGCUUGCUUUGGAGAUUUCAAGCGGCGAUUCCGAAGGGGUCAGCCUGUUUGAACACAAUCAUCCAGAUGACAGAAACGAGGCACGGUUGAAGGGACUCAAUGACAUCCACAUUGGGCCAGACUUUGAGAAUUAUCUCGAGUUACCUAUCAUACCGCCCGAGUGA